CUCCACCUCGGUCUCCUCCUCCUCUCGCCAAGAAGGCUAACCUCUCCUCCGCAUCUCCCACUCCAGCCCGCCAUGGACGGCGUGUUGCAGGCUCUGGUCGCCACCGUGGUCGCCGCCGCCGUCAUCUUGCUCCCCUGCCUCGCCAUCGCCUUCCUCUGCCACCGCCGCGCGAGCGGCGCCAAGCCCCGCUGCCGCUACCUGCCGUCGUCGUCGUCGUCGGCGGCGGCGGCGGCGCUCCCUGUCAUCGCGCCGAACAGGUCGUGCGAGCGCGCCUCGUCGUGGUCGUUCUACGUCUCCGAGGACGACGUCGACAGCUCGCUCAAGAAGCUCUCGCUCGACGACCUCGCGGGCGCCACGGGCGGGUUCUCCCCGGACAACAUCAUCGGGGACGGGAGCUUCGGGUUCGUGUACCGCGCCGUGCUGCCCGACGGCGCCGCCGUGGCCGUCAAGCGGCUCUCCGCCGACCACGGCGCCGGCGCCGGCAACCGCGAGUUCCGCGCCGAGCUGGAGGUGCUCGGCAAGCUCAGCCACCCCAACCUGGCGCGCCUCCUCGGCUUCUGCGCCGCCGGCAGAGACCGCCUCCUCGUCUACGAGCUCCUCGAGCGCGGCAGCCUCGACGCCUGGCUCUACGGCGACGCCAUCACCGCCUGCCCGCUCCCCUGGCCGGCGCGCCUCCGCAUCGCACGCGGCGUCGCUGCCGCGCUCGCGUUCCUGCACCACGGCAACGAGCCGGCCAUCCUCCACCGCGACAUCAAGGCCAGCAACGUCCUGCUCGACGAGGGCUUCGAGGCCAAGCUCGCCGACUUCGGCCUCGCCAGGAUCGCCACCGGCGGCCCAGCCGAGUCACACCUCAGCACGCAGGCCGCCGGCACCGCCGGGUACAUGGCACCAGAGUUAUGUGCUGGCGUGGGCGCGAGCGUGAAGGCGGACGUGUACAGCUUCGGCGUGCUGAUGAUGGAAAUGGUGACCGGCCGGCGGCCGAGCUGGCCGGUGAAGGCGAACGCGAGAGGGACGGAGAUGGAGAUGCUGAGGUGGGCCAGGGAGAAGGUGGAGACGGGCGCGGCGAUGGAGAUCGUGGACCGUCAGAUGGCGAUCCAAGGGGAGGGAAGAGAGGAGGCGGCGACGCAGCAUGAGGACGAGGUGAGAGCGUUCCUGGACGUGGCGCGGCGCUGCACGGAGGAGUGCCCCAAGCACCGGCCGUCGAUGGAGCUGGUGGUGGCCAUGCUCGACGACAUCUGAAUAUAUGCCUGAUUGAUCGACAGAUAUGCUUUUUGAUAGCUGUAACCAUGUGAAUUGGAAGAAUCAUGCCAAAUUAACUUGCAUUUGGAUUUUUUCUGGCUCGUUAAUUUGGGCAGAUUACGACGUGAUAUCUUGUACUUUGGAAUAAUUAUGAAUCAUGGUGGAUGUGAAUUGAAUGGGCUGAACAUGCUAAGCAUGUAUAUGCUCAAUGACAGUCAAUCGUUGUAUGGUAAUGCGUGUAACUUUUGAUGAUGUAUAUAUGAACAACUUGGGUAGUGAAUACUCCUAGCUUGUAG